UGAGAGCUGACGGUCUCUCUCUUCUCCUCGGAGCUACAUUUUUCCUUUUUUUCUGCUUCUUUUUUCCCCCUCCUUCCUCUGUUCGGAUAUUUGCAGCAGUUGUGCGGCUCAGUCCGGACAGCGACGCGCUGCAGCUGCCACCAUGGGAGACGCUCAGUCUGCGCAACGGGACGCAAAGAGGGAUGCGGAGCAGAGCGGAGCAGGAGAGGAUGCUGAGGCUGAGCACAGCCCCGAGGACAAGCCUCUCGAAAAUAAAGAGCCGAUCUCUGAGAUCAAUGGAAAAGCAGCCGGCUCAUUAGCAGGAUUUAAUGUUCACAGUGAGGAUGCUGCAGAAGGUAUACCUUCUCCAGACAAAGAUGUUUCAGAUGUUGAAAUUAACGCAAAGAAACUAGCUGAUGAAGACGAAGAAGUACCCGUAAAAAUGAUCGAAAUGGAGGCGAAGCAGAAUGAGAUCAACGAAAGUUUCAGGAGAUUUUUCAGCAACAUCGGUUUGAAGCUGACAGUAAAGAAAGGGUCUGCUGAAAAAGAUGAAAUACAAGUGCCUGGGGAAGAACCAAACAAACAAGAAGACAUCAAAGAUACUGCAAAGGAAACCAAAAGUGAGAACGGCAAGCAGAAUAAGGAUCUAAAUGCAGCUCAGGAGGGUUACGACAACGAUUCUACAACGGGUCCGACAAUGACUGAAGGCACAUCGGAGGAUUUUCUAGCAAAUGCAGAGGAGAAAACAACAGAAACCAAAAAGGAAGCUGAUUCUAAUAAAGCAGACGCAGCAUCAACUUCAUAUGCAAGUGAAGGUGGACACCAGGAAGCAGCAACUGAAGAGGUGGUCGCAUCUCCAUUCAAACGUUUUUUUAAAACUGGAAUAUUUUCUGGUAUACGGAGGAAAAGAAAAGAACCAGCUGAGAAAGAACUGGUAGAUAUGGGCAAAAAGGAGGGUAUGGAGACGAUGGAACAAACUGUACAAGACCAACAACAGGAUAAGGAGGAGGUUGAAGUUUGGAAAGAACUUCAGGAAAUCAAACCUAAAGAUGAGGCCAUGUCUGCAGCAUCAGCUCAGACAACAGAUGAAGCAAAAUCACCUUCCACGGAUCCAUCAGCCAUUAUUGUGACUGAGUCUGAAAUUCUGAGCUCUCAAGAAAAAGUUCAAGCCAGUCCCAUGAAAAGGCUCCUGUCAGGGUCUAGUUUGAAGAGGCGCUCCAAAAAGCAGAGAGGCAGAAAGUUAAGUGAUGGAAAGCUGUCUGACUCUGGAGAACACAGUUCUGAUAAUUUCAUGUCGUCUACAGAGUCGGCUGACAAUCCGAGAGAGGACAGUUCUCCACAAUCCUCCACAGAGGCGACAGGAGAGGAGGACGGUCCGUGGGCCUCCUUCAAAAAACUUAUGACUCCGAAAAAACGUGCGAAGGGGUCCUCCUCAGGCCCCGAAGAGGCACAAGGACAUGAAGCAAAACCAAGUGAGGGAGAACAAGCAUCAGAUCAAAGCGCAGAAGAAGGAAGAAAGAGAAAAGAUUCAUCAGUGUCAUGGGAAGCCGUUUUGUGCGGAUCUGGAAGGAGAAGAAGCCGGAAAACAUCAGACUCUGAGGAUGAAGCGCCUCAAAAUGAUGAUGCCGACAACAAACAAGACAGUGGAACUAAACAGGGUACAGAAACACCUCUCGAAAGUUCUAAUGAGGUCCACGAGGAUCUAGCAUCACCCCUUAAACAAGCAGGAAGUCCUCCGGAGGGCGAUGGAGGGUCAACAUGGAAAUCAUUUAAAAAACUUGUCACCCCCAAAAGGAAAGCCAAGGACGAGAAUGAAAGCAGAGACAACAUACACUCUGAUAGUGAAAUUACUCAGGAUGAUUCCUCCUUUUCAAUAAAGAAACUCCUACCAGGACGAAAAAAGAGAAAGUCCGAUGAGAGGCAAGACCAAGUAUCUUCAGACGAGGCUGAGAAGGAAGCAGCUUCAGGUGAUGAAGACUCUGAAACACCAGCUGUGGUUCCGUUGUCAGAGUUUGAAACAGCUGAGACAGGAGUUCAAAUACAAACACAGGCAGACAUAGAAAGUUACGCACCAAAGGAAUUAGAGGAUAAACUGCAGCAGGACCUCCCUCAUGACAAGGCUGAGCCAGUCAUUCCUUGUGAUAAUCAGCAAAUUGAAGCAGAGAAAGUCCCGAAAAAGGAGGAAGCAUUAAAGAGUGAAGGUUCUACAGCCCCUGGGACAGACGAAGAAGCAGACGAGGACUCGAUCAGUAAACAUCAACAACUCAGUGACAUUACGGAGGAGGGUGCCAUUACAGAUACUAUGGCCACUCCAGCGUCAACCAACGAAGAGGCAGCGAGAGAUGACACCAUAGCAGAGGACCUGAUUGAGAUCACAUCUGAGGCCAUAACUGCUCCAGAACCUGUAGAUGUUACCCUGGCAGAUGAGACUGAGAUGAUCUCUGCAGUUUCUCAGUUAUCAGAGUCUUCAAAAACCUCUGGAAACACAACACCAGUCCCAACAGAACACGAUGACAAGGAUACAGAGUUGUUACUGCAGAAUGUCGCUGAAAACAUCUCAAAGAGUCCAGAGGCAGCCCCAGUGUGUUCAGAACAACCAAGUUCUGAAAGAAUAGUUGGUUCAGACGCACCCAUAGAACUUGCAGCAACAGCCCAAACAGAGAGUGUAUCUGACGCCAACGACGCUAUGUCAACGGAUAUUGUAUCUGAGGUUCCUACCGAGGAGUUUAACACUGCUGAGAUAACUGUAGAUGACGCCUAUAAGGAGGAUGUCUCACAAUUACAAGACACCAUUAGUGAAUUAGAGGCUACUGAUGAUAGUCAACAUCUUAUGGAAUGUGUCUCUGAGGUAAAUGAAGCAGUGUCUGCAGAGGCACUACCUAAAGAUGAAGAAGUUGUCCCAGAUUCUAUUGCUGGGGCAGACGAAGCUGAAAUCUCAAAAACUGCCUCCCAAGAUGCAGAAUCAGCUGCUUUAGUAGCAGAUGGAACUAAGGACGGAGUUAUGGAGCAGGAAAACCAAAUUCUGGCAGAAAAGGAAGAUCAGGUCCUAGAAAAUGUCCCUGAGCAAGUUUCAGUUGAGGAUCAACCACCUGUAGUGGCAGACGAGCAGGAAGCUCUAACAACUGACACAUUAGUUUCAGAGAAGGAUAGUGUUCACUCACCUAAAAAGGACGUCCCAUUCUCAGAGGACAUUUUAUCAGAAGAAAAAGUUUCUGAUGAACCCAAAGAGAUAGCAGAACAUCUCACUGAAGUAACUGAUGAGCCAGAAAACAAAGAACCACAAACUGAGGCCCCUAAAAUUGACCAACAUGUUACAGAAGUUGUACAAGAAGCAGUAGUGGAUGCAGAAGAGGGUAGUGUUCAGUCACUUGAAAAAGAAGUAACAUCAGAAGAAGUUCCACCAGAAGAAAUAGUUAAGGAUAAAGCAAACGACGAAACAGUACCUCCAGCUAAAGUUAGUGCUGAGCAAGUGGACGCCUCUAAAACUGAACCUAUUCAAGAACCAGAGGCAUUACAAGGUGUACAAGCCACCACAUUAGACUCAGAAGCAGGCAGCCCCGAAACACUUCUGCCAGAAGAAACGGUGAGAGAUGAACCUCAAGAGGAUAUGGUACCUUUUCCUGAAGUUGAAGUUAAGCUAUUUGAUUCGUCCAAAACAAAGCAUAUUCAAGAACCAGAAGUGUUAGAAGCCGCUACAUUAGAUUCAGAAGCAGGCAGCCGUGACACAAUUCAACCAGCAGAAACAGUGAGCGAUGAACCCAAAGAGGAAACAGUACCUUCUCCUGAGGUUGAAGUUAAGCUAGUGGAUGCUUCCAAAAACGAGCAUAUUCAAGAAGUGUUGCAAGCCGCUACAUUAGAUUCAGAAGCAGGCAGCCGCGACACAAUUCAACCAGCAGAAACAGUGAGAGACGAACCCAAAGAGAAAACAGUACCUUCUCCUGAAGUUGAAGUUAAGCUAGUGGAUGCUUCCAAAACCGAGCAUAUUCAAGAACCAGAAGUGUUGCAAGCCGCUACAUUAGAUUCGGAAGUAAGCAGCUCUGAAUCAAAUGCUAAAGAAGUAAUAUCAGAGGAUAUUCCAUCAGAAGGAACACUGAGAGCUGAACCCAAAGUGGAACCAGUGCCUCUUGCUGAAGAUAAUGUUGAGCCAGUAGAUACUCCGAAAACCGAACAUAUUCAAGAAACAGAAGCAUCACAAACUGUACAAGCUGCUGCACUAGAACCAGAGGCAGACAGCCCUCAAGCAUUUGAAAAAGAGGUAAUACCAAAGGAAGUUCAACCAGAAGAAGCAGCUAGAGAUGAACCCAAAGAGGAACCAGUACCUCUUGUGGAAGGUAAUGUUGAGUCUUUGGAUGCUUCCAAAGACAAACAUAUUCAAGAGCCAGAAACAUUACAGGCUGCCCCAUUAAAUUCAGAGGCAGACAGCUCUCAAUUAACUCAAACAGAAGUAAUAUCAGGUGAUGUUCCACCAGUAAAAACAGUUAGCGAGGAAGCCCAAGAGAAACCAGUGCCUCUUGCAGAAGGUAAUGUUGAGUCAAUUGAUGCUUUCGAAAUCAAACAUAUUCAAGAGCCAGAAACAUUACAGGCUGCCACAUUAAAUUCAGAAGAAGGCAGCCCUGAAUUACCUCAAAAAGAAGUAACAUCAGAGGACGUUCCACCAGAUGAU